AUGUAUCCUUGGCGCGCCUUUGAAAACGUCGUCCUUCACGCCGUUAAUACCGCCACACCAUGGCCAGAGGAAGCAGCGUUUCUGGUGCCCGCGCUCGAACAGCCUCUGCCCGAAUGGGUCUACUAUGUUGGACAACCUCGAUUUAUCUGUGACCCGUCCCUUGCUGCUGAGCUGAAGGGACUUGGACCCGUUAUACCAUCCAGUGAUUCCUCGACACUGCAAUGCCAGUUCUUGUCUUCCGAUAUGCUGCACAAGAUUUUUGACACUGUUCUGUGCAAUACCGCUCUUCUCCGGUCGACGAUGCUGGUAGAGCCCGAUAUGCCGCCAGAUGCCAUCUCGAAGACAUCCCUCCUCGCUGGGCUCAGGUGCAUCCGUUUCUUGAUCUACGAAUGCUGGGUCUUGCUUGCUCAGUCUCGUAGUUACGAGCCUCAAUACGUACUUCCGAGGGAUCCGAAAGUCCCACACAACCCCUUGGCGAAAUUUACUCGUCACGUUGACAAAGCUUCUCUCAUUGUCUGUACAAGGCCUGUCGAACUACCUGCAGGGCAAAGUGACCGUUCUAAUUCUCCAGAGCCCACAGGCUCUUCCUAUGAUUCUCGAGGUGAGGUGUCCUCCGGAACUGAAACCCCUCCGAGACAAUGGGAGCCAUGGGAGCUUGACUUUCCGGAACGGAUGGCAAGGUAUUUCCCGGUAGAAGAAUCCGACGAAUCCGAGGAAGAUUCUACGGCAGAGCGAGAGGAUCCGUUGCUUAAUCGGCACCUACUCGCGGCCGCUACGCCGUCAGAUAAUGUCAUAUUGCUGUUCUUAUGCAUGCGCGAAGGGGAUCGCGUUUUGGAGCUUCUAGUGAGUGCGCUGUACCAGCGCUUGGCUUGUGGUGUGAAGGCGCCGCUUGUUGGGCUCACAUACCAUUAUGGCUCGCCCAUGAUACAGCUACUUGUGGCUUGGCUGGCGGACGAGAACACCUUGGAUGGGCACUUGCCUCCGUUGCAUGUCGCCUACGAAGCAGCGUCCGGGCCUGUGCAACCAUCUAGCUUUUUCAACAUGUGCAACCCUGCGGAUGCUCUGCGUCUGGCAUCCUUCCUGCUGUCUUUGAAGGAACAUGCGAGCCAUCUCCAUGAACUCAGCACAAACGGAUCGGGGACCGCACCAGGAGAGAUCCUGGCUUGGCGUUCUGAUUUCAUCUCAGCAGAGGACAGCGAUAACGAUCUCAAGAACACGGACACGGCAAUAAGUGCAUGGACAGAAGGGGUUGCUGGGGGUUUUGAAAUCUAG